AUGGUUGCAAUUUAUAUUUCUCCGGAUAAUUCAUUACGUGCUAUACGAGACUUCUUGUAUGAAAAUUUAUUUAUUUAUUCUCAUGGCGCAUCAGCAUUACUUCAACAAAAAAUUGGAAAAAGAUUUGAUGAUUUGCCAAUGAUUUUGACUGGAGUUUUUAACAUAAACUUUGCAGAUGAUAAAAAUAUAUCAUUAAUUGAAUUUUUAAAUAAUGAAUUGGGUUUAACGAUGUCAAAUGAUCGCAAUAUUAGCACAACGAAGUAUAAAACUACUAUUGAUGCGGUCUUUACAAGGAAUUUAAAUAGAUUCGAAUCAAAAUUAUUCAUUUCUUACUUCAGCUACCAUAAACCUAUUAUAUCAGUUCUAGAAAUUAGCGAUGGUACUGCUGGCAAUGACGAUGGUGAAGGAGUUGCUGAAAUUACGGAUAAAAGUUGA